AUGAGAAUCCAUCAGUGCCAUUUCUGUUCGUCGCCAGUUUACCCUGGGCAUGGUAUCAUGUUUGUUCGUAACGAUGCCAAGGAGUUUAGAUUCUGUCGGUCUAAGUGUCAUAAGGCCUUCAAGCAGCGUCGUAACCCACGUAAGUUGAAGUGGACCAAGGCAUUUAGAAAAGCUGCUGGUAAGGAAUUGGCUGUUGAUUCCACCCUAACUUUUGCCCAACGUAGAAAUGUUCCUGUCAGAUACAACAGAGAGCUUGUGGAUACGACUUUGAAGGCCAUGGAGAAGAUCGAAGAUAUCAGAAAGAAACGUGAAAGAGCCUUCUACAAGAACAGAAUGAAGGGCAACGAGGAGCAAGAUUUCCUAAGAGACAAACAAUUAGUGGAAAACAACCCAGAACUACUAAGGAUCAGGGAAGUGGAAAUGGCACAGAUAUUGGCCAAGGAACAAGAGAAGGCAGAAGCAGCAGAGGAAGAAGACGAAGAAGAGGAGGAAGAAGAAGAUAUGGAAGUGGACGAAGACGAAGAGGAAGAAGAAGAAAAGGAGAAGCAAAAGAUUGUCUUGAAGAACAAGAAGAGGAAUCAAAAGAAGCUUGCAUUUUAA